GGAAGAAGGCGGAAGGCUGUUGUCUGCAAAAUGAAGUUUGUGUGCUCUAUCCUGGUCGCCUUGGCCUCCUUGGCCAUUGCCAGCGGCUUUGUGAGCACGCCCCUGAGGCGGAUCUCAUCCCGGCCCUCAUCUCCCGCCACCCCCUCAUCGCUCCAAAUGAGAUCUCCCUCGCCACCAUCACCAUCACCACCACAGAUGGAAGAUACGGCCUCCCCCCUCCCUCUGCUUGCGCCGCUGCUCGGCCUCGCAUCUGCCGCUCUGCCGUCAGUCGCACAGGCAGGCGAGAUUGUGGAUGGCGUGUAUGAGCUCAAGGAGCCCUGCCGCGAAUUCCUCGGCGUGGCGCUUUGCAUCCCCGUGCCCGACGCCGUCAAUGCCUUCGUGGGUCUGGACUGGGGCCGGUACAUCACUCUGACGUGCCUGGGUCUGUUUGGGUUUCUGGCGCUGUAUGGGCUGAUCCGGGUGCCGCUAGCCGAGCCGCUGCGUGAGCUGCCUGAGCAGCAGUACCCGCCGCUCUUCACUGCUGAUGGGGAGGCCUACCUGGACGAGCUGAGGACGGAGCUGGGCACCAAGGGGAUUGUCGCCAAGAACCCCUACCCGACCAGCAAGGACAACUAGAUCACAUCAAGACCGAGAGAGAGAUCGGGUGUGGUGUGAUGUGUGAUGGGAGAGAGAGAGAGAUCUGAGUUUUGACUUGCUGAGUGGCGGAUGAAUGACACGUGCGGUGGGAGAGAGAGGGGGGGAGGGAUGUGAUCUACUACUCAGCCGUGAGGAAGGAAGGCUCAGCACAGUCAGAACAUGCUUACUCUUUGCCCUGGCUGGGAGUUUGGCUGUGGUCUCCAAUGCCACAGAAGGUGUUGGCCGCCUUGCCGACAGCUUGUGCGGCACCGGAGGGUCGGAUACCAGCCCCACUCACAGGCUAAUGUGAUGUGAUAUUAUGAUGGGGUGAUAGUGUAUGCGCCUGUCUGAGCAGUGUGUGGGGGUGAUGGCUCUCAGAAAGUGAGCACCACACGGCAGCCAUAUGGCCAACACGUGUGUGGUGCUGCCGUGUAGUGCUUGAUUUCUUGAGGGAGCCAUCAUCUGCACUGCACUGCUUUGUGGUGUUGGUAUUUUUGUCCUCUGGCUCACUGCAAUAUGGGCUGGUCGGUCAGGGGACACGACACUUUCAGACAUUAAUGGCUCGCCACUUUGAAACUCCUUCC